GCGAAAAGCUUAAUUAGAGAUUGCUGUGCCUCGAUCGUUCGACGUGCAGUGCAGCCGAUGAGAACGGCAGCACACGUCGCAAACACGUUUUCGCUGGGCAUGGCGUCGUCGUCGUCCCGGCUGCUCUUCUUCCUCGCCUGCAGCGUGUUCGCGCUGCUCGCCGGCGCCGAAGUGCACCACCAUGAGUUCAUUGUUCAAGAGACGCCGGUGAAGAGGCUGUGCAACACGCACAAAGUGAUCACGGUGAACGGGCAGCUGCCAGGGCCGACGCUGGAGGUCCGGGAGGGCGACACCGUUGUGAUCAACGUCGUCAACCACGCGCAGUACAACGUCACCAUCCACUGGCAUGGCAUCCGGCAGUUCAGGACGGGGUGGGCGGACGGGCCGGAGUUCGUGACGCAGUGCCCGAUCAAGCCGGGCGGCAGCUACAGGUACCGGUUCACCAUCGAGGGGCAGGAGGGCACGCUGUGGUGGCACGCGCACAGCUCCUGGCUCAGGGCCACCGUCUACGGCGCGCUCAUCAUCCGCCCCAGGGAGAACAAGACCUACCCUUUCGAGAAGCCCGCGACAGAAGUCCCCCUCCUGCUCGGGGAGUGGUGGGACGCGGACCCGAUCCAGGUCAUCAGGGAGGCUCAGAGGACCGGCGCCGCGCCGAACAUCUCCGACGCGUUCACCAUCAACGGCCAGCCGGGUGAUCUGUACAACUGCUCCAAGCAAGAGACGACGGCAGUCCCGGUGAAGCCCGGCGAGACGGCGCUGCUGCGGUUCAUCAACGCGGCACUCAACCAGGAGCUGUUCGUCUCCAUCGCGCAGCACAGGAUGACCGUGGUCGGCGUCGACGCGUCCUACACCAAGCCGUACACCACCUCGGUUCUCAUGAUCGCGCCCGGCCAGACCACCGACGUCCUUGUCACCAUGGACCAGGCGCCCACCCGGUACUACAUCGCCGCGCGCGCCUACGACACCGUGCAGAACGCGGCCUUCGACAACACCACCACCACGGCCGUCAUCGAGUACGACUGCGGCUGCGCCACCGACUUCGGCCCCUCGAUCCCGCCGGCUUUCCCGGCGCUCCCGGCGUUCAACGACACCAAAACCGCCACCGCCUUCGCCGCGGGGAUCAAGAGCCCCCACGAGGUCAAGGUCCCCGGCCCCGUCGACGAGAACCUCUUCUUCACCGUCGGUCUCGGCCUGUUCAACUGCGAGCCCGGGCAGCAGUGCGGGGGCCCGAACAACACUCGCUUCACGGCCAGCAUGAACAACAUCUCCUUCGUCUUCCCGCAGACCACCUCGCUCCUCCACGCUCAUUACUACGGCAUCCCCGGCGUGUUCACCACCGAUUUCCCGGCGUACCCGCCGGUGCAGUUCGACUACACGGCGCAGAACGUGCCCCGCGCCCUGUGGCAGCCGGUCCCGGCGACGAAGCUGUACAAGCUCAAGUUCGGCUCCGUGGUGCAGAUCGUCCUGCAGGACACCAGCAUUGUCUCGCCGGAGAACCACCCCAUCCACAUCCACGGCUACGACUUCUACAUCCUCGCCGAGGGCUUCGGCAACUUCGACGCCAAGAAGGACGCCGAGAAGUUCAACUACGUCGACCCGCCGCAGCGGAACACCGUGGCGGUGCCUGUCAACGGCUGGGCCGUCAUCCGGUUCGUCGCCGACAACCCUGGGGUGUGGCUCAUGCACUGCCAUCUCGACGUCCACAUAACCUGGGGCCUGGCAAUGGCGUUCCUGGUGGAGGAUGGGUAUGGCAAACUGGAGACCUUGGAGGCGCCUCCUGUUGAUCUUCCAAUGUGCUAAUGAUUAGCAUUCAGCAGAUGAUGAUGCAUUAAGUACUAUUUCAAGGCUGUUCAUGCUGUAUUC